UCCCCAUCUGUAAACAGAUGAGCAAAAUGAGGCUCAAAUAUGUCAAAAGCUUUCCAAAGAUCACAACUUCUAAACAAUAGUGACGUUAUGAAAAAGAGAAUGCUACAAAAUGAUCCAGUGAUAACCUCCCUCCACAUUUACCAAGUAAACUAUUCACUCUUUGGGGAAGCCCUCUUUAAAUCCUAUCUUCUCGUAUCUCCACUUAACCUCAGUUUUCUCUGUUGAAGUGUGAAAGUAAUUGCUGUCCAUUCCAUGGAUUGUUGGAAACAUUCUAUACACUGUCCAAGAGGGUAGCCAGUAGCCACAUGUUUAAUUAAAAUAAAAUAAAAUGUAAAAUUCAGUUCCUCAGCCACAUUGCAAGUGACAAGUGGCUACCGUGUUGGACAGAGCAGAUACAGAACAUUUCCAUUAUUGCAGAAAGUUCUGUUGGCCAGGGCUGUGCUAAAGCUAGGACUUGCCAAAGGUCAGAGAGAGCAGUAUGACGGAACUGAAAACCCAGGCCAGGGUCUGGCAGGUUUUGAGUGAGAAGAGUCAGUGAGUAAGUGGGAAGCAAGCUGGCCUUUGGCACAGUGACGUCACAAAGCACAGCUCACAAUGGCUCCAGAACACCUACACUCCCAGACCACCCUCCCUAACUCAUAUCUGGCUUCCUGACGCCUCUGCACAUGUAGUUCCCAGAGCUGCUAUUUUAUUAAAAAUGUCAUCUUUAUUUUCAUCCUCUAUCUGGAACAUCAUCAUAGAUUCUCUCUCUCUGAGCUCGAUAUGGAAUUAUCUACAAGCAAUUCUUCUGGGAGAGACUAGUGCGCCUCAGCAAACAAAUCUGGGGCUACUGGAUAAUCUUGCUCCAGCUGUGCAAGUUGUCCUAGGGAUUUCCUUUUUGAUUUUGUUGGGAAUAGGAAUAUAUGCCUUAUGGAAACGAAGUGUUCAGUCAAUUCAGAAAAUAGCGUUGUUUGCAAUCACACUCUACAGACUUUACAAGCAGGGCUCAGAAUUUUUUCAGGCUUUGCUGGUCAACCCAGAAGGGACCGGUUUCCCAGUUCAAGACAAAAAUAUCUUCCUAUCCUUGGGUCUGCAAGAGAAAAUUCUGAAAAAACUUCAGACGGUGGAAAACAAAGUGAAGGACCUGGAGGGAAUGAUCAUUUCCCAAAAACCUGCCACGAAGAGGGACUGCUCCUCUGAGCCCUACUGCAGCUGCUCGGACUGCCAGAGCCCCUUGCCUACAUCAGGGUUUACAUCUACAUCUGAACUGUGAUGGACUCCAAUCUUUUCCAGAAAAGCACUUUCCCCCCACUCAUGUGUGCAGUGGUAUAUCAAUAAAGGUAGAGAACUAUAUUGAAAUUGCUUGGCCAGGACUGGCUCUCUAUUCAACAGGGCCCAGCUUCCACUUGUGUCUGUGGUGGGGUCAUGUAGAGGAUGGUGGUAGUUAAAAAUGUCUGAGACUGUGAUGCCCACUUGGCAGGCUGGAGACCAGAAACAGCCACAUAGAAAAGGAGCCCAUGGGAGUGGGAAAAGAAGGGUGAGUGGUUGCAG